AUGCCAGGCAAGAGAAAGCUUCCGUAUUCGGAUCUUGAGUUUACGCUCAAGAGAGUGUUCAAGAAACCUGGUUUUCGACCUCUUCAGCGUGAAGUUAUUACGGCUACAUUGGAGGGCGAAGAUGUGUUUUUGCAGGCUGCAACUUCGUUUGGAAAGAGCUUGUGCUAUCAGCUUCCGGGUGUUGUUGACUUUGGAAUUACAAUUGUAAUCUCUCCGCUUUUGGCCCUCAUGAACAACCAAGUCGCUUCUAUGCGAAAUGCCAAAAUCAGAGUCGAAACUAUCAACAGCACCACACCACAUGCCGACAAGAAAAGAAUUAUUGAAGACCUCCAAUGCGGACACCCUCUCACUCGACUUCUCUAUGUUACCCCGGAGUACUGCCAACUAGACUCAUUCCGCAAGAUCCUCCGAGUAAUCCACUCCCAGCGGGAACUUGCCCGCAUAGCAGUCGACGAAGCCCACUGCGUCAGCGAAUGGGGCCACGACUUCCGGCCCUCCUUCCAGCAGCUUUCCUUCUUCAAGACCGAGUUCCCAGACGUGCCCAUAAUAUGCCUGACCGCAACAGCCACGGCCCGCGUCCGAGACGACAUCAUAAAAACGCUCGCCCUCGACGCCUCCAAGAUGAAAAUGUUCCGCAUGACCACCAGCCGGCCAAACCUCCACUACGAAGUCCGCUUCAAAUCCGACGAACAAGACCACUACUCCGACUUCCUCGCCUGGAUCAAAGCCGCCCACGCCCGCCGCGCCGCAAACCCCGCCCGCGCCUCCCAGCUCGCAGGCCAGAACCAGCGCCCCGACAACGUCCCCGGCAUCAUCUACACGCUCUUCCGCAAGGACUGCGAGUCGCUCGCCGCGCGCCUGCGUGCAGACGGCAUAGGCGCAAAACCGUACCACGCGGGGCUCCCGCACGCAGAGCGCGCCGACGCGCUCUCAGGCUGGGUAGCCAACAAGCCCGGCUACGACGUCGUCGUCGCCACCACCGCGUUCGGCAUGGGCAUCGACAAGGAAAACGUCCGCUUCGUCGUGCACUGGCAGAUCCCAAAGUCGUUCGAGGGCUUCUACCAGGAAGCCGGGCGCGCGGGUCGCGACGGCAAAGCAAGCGUAUGCAUCCUGUACUACGGGCGCGAGGACCGGGAUCGCGCCGCCACGCUGAUGGCGAGAGAUCAGGCCAGGCAGCCGAGUAAAGGUGCGGGCGUUGCUGCUCAACGCGCUACUAUGAUUAAUCGCGCGAAGAGCUUGCAGGCCCUGGUCGCGUACUGCGAGGCUACGGAUAAAUGCCGACAUCGCGUUAUUGCGCAGUAUUUUGCCGAUGAGGAGGUGCCCGAGUGUGACUUUGCGUGCGAUUGGUGUAAGGAUGCGGUUGCGCUUGUUAGGCGGAGGGAGAGGGGGCUUGCGAGUGAGGAGUGGUGUAGUACGCAGAGGGAGAUGGGGAGGUUUGAUGGCGGGUAUGAUGAGUAUGAUUGA